UAACUAUAAUUAUUAGUUAAUAAAUCGUAACCGUAAUAACCGUAACCUUAGUGAUGCCUAAAUUCUCUCAUUAAAGCGUAGAUAAACCGGUGUUAAACCAUGAAACCAUGAGAUUUUUUCCCCCUCUCAUUUGUGAAGUUGAUUCUAAAAUUUAAUGAAAAAAUAAUACUACAGUAAGGUAUUAAUGGGGGUGGAAUAUGAAGAUAUUAUAAGCUUAGGAAUAUUAAAAUAGAACAAGAACAAAACGUCACUCCACAAGGAAAGUUACUAAAAUUGACAAAACCACAAGUACCAACAAAUCUAAGUUUUGUAUUCCUCCUUUUUAAGUUACAUAAUUCCCCAAUUCCUCCACCAUAUCACGCGCCCACGUGAAUUAACCAGACACCACAAACCACACACAUUAGUUAUAACCUCCACGCGCUUAAUCAGCGCGUAUAACAAAUGAACGUCUCUCUAGCGUUGUUCGUUUUGAUAUCUUCUCGACUUCUCCACUUCUUUAGAUUUGAUUCUUCUUCUCUGAUCUCUGAAAAAACACAAUGUCUUCGAAAGACAAGAAACCGUCGAAGCCAUCGAGUAGUCGUGGUGGAAUCCGAACUCUUUCCGAUCUUAACCGUAGGUCUGGUCCUGACUCCGACAGUGAUUCCGAUGGUCCACAAGAAUACUACACAGGUGGUGAGAAAAGUGGUAUGUUAGUUCAAGAUCCAUCGAAAAAAGAUGAUGUUGAUGAGAUAUUUAAUCAAGCUAGACAACUAGGAGCUGUAGAAGGACCUCUUGAGCCACCUCCGAGUUCCAGGAGUUUCACUGGAACUGGUAGAUUGCUUUCUGGUGAAAAUGUGCCUACUGGUAAUCAACAGCCUGAGCCUGUUGUUCACAACAUUGUUUUCUGGUCUAAUGGUUUCACUAUUGAUGAUGGUCCUUUGAGGAAAUUGGAUGAUCCUGAGAAUGCAUCGUUUCUCGAGAGCAUUCGAAAGUCUGAGUGCCCGAAAGAGCUUGAGCCUGCCGAUAGAAGAGCUCCGGUUCAUGUCAACUUGAUGCGAAAGGAAGAGAAAUGCCCUGAAAGACAGAAACGUAGGGUUUCAUUUCAGGGUGUUGGAAGAACUCUAGGUGGUAGCAAUGAAGGUAGCGGAAGUAGCUCACCUGUGGCUCCAGACUCCGCUCCCAUUCCCAUCCAAACCGAACCAGCACCAUCUCAAAGUCUUGUAAUAGAUGAAACCGUUCCAACCACAUCGAUACAGCUUAGACUAGCGGAUGGGACACGUCUGGUGGCUAAGUUCAAUCACCAUCACACGGUCAACGACAUUCGCGGUUUCAUUGACUCAUCUCGACCUGGAGCCUCGUUGAACUACCAGCUUCAGACAAUGGGGUUCCCACCUAAGCCUUUGACUGAUCUCACUCAGACCAUUGAAGAAGCUGGUCUCGCCAACUCUGUUGUUCUUCAGAAAUUCUAGAAAAUUCUACAAGGUGUGGUUCUUUUUGUCUAUCUAUAUGCAUUAUAAUGAGAUUUUCAUAACUGUUGUAGUAACCAGGUCUUUAAAAUGUAAGUUACUUCUUCACUCUGUAUACUCAGCAUAAGCCGGCGGGGACUUGUGGUAUAGUUUUUCUUAAUUUAUUGAAAUUUUAUAGUUUCAUUAUGCGUUUAUGGGUUAAAUACAGUGUUUCAAGAACAACUAUAUAUAGUUAUAUAUUAUUAGUUUGGUAAGAGUAUAAUCAAGUGUCAUAU